UUACAGAGAGACUGGAAGUAAAAAUAGCAACAGCUCGCGCCGGGUCGUGUACACGGGAUACACAUAACACAUAGAAGGACCAACCCACCAGAUGAACUCACCCAAUCCUACGCCCAACAUGUCCCGAAGUAUAUCCUUUUGGCUAAUGCUGCUGCCCUUGGUGGCUCCAGGACUCGGUCUAUCACCAACGACACUCAUUAGUCAAGUUACUGUUUCUCAGCUGUUGGAGGAAGUGUCCAAGUUGCUGCAGGCGGAAAAGCCUUCGAAUGCCCCCACAGCACGUACUCAGCAAGUUCCUGAAAUGCUUCCCUGCACAGACGACCCUGAGAUGGAAGACUGCACCAAAGUCGUUGAAAAUGAUCUCUGCAUCGCGGGUUCCUUUUACGCUCGUUAUUGCCGCCGCUCUUGCAUUUUGGCGGGAAAAAUUCCUGCUGAUGAACCCCACCUCCACCAGGAGGCGGAAGCCGAUUUGGUGAUGAACAUGACAUCCGAAAAGGACAGGUAUCUGCAAGGGAGCGACAUAACCGUCUCCUGCUUCGCCACCGGUUAUCCCGCCCCGGAAAUAUACUGGCUCCUUAACGCCUCUGAAAUCAGCAGCGAGAAGAGAUAUCAAGAAAAUGUGACGGACUUCGGCGGGAUUCUGAGUCGGACGAUACGCAGCGUUAUCACCGUCACGAAUUACACCGGAGGAGGCAGAGUCGAGUUGGCGUGCUGUGCCAUCAACCGCGUGCACUUCGCCACGAGAAGCAAGUGGCUUAAAAUCGACCGCGCGGAAAUCAACGUUUAUCCGGAACAGCCCGUAUUCAAAAGCACGCAGGAGGCGCUUGUCACUUGCGUCAUCAAGGGAAUCGACCCGGGAAACGUUAGCUGGAAUCUCGGCCAUUCUCUCGGGCAGGAGCCUCAUACAGUUGUCGACAGCAGAUGGGAAGAAAACGGGAUGACAGUGGUUCAGUCCAACGUGACCAUCUUCGCUGCGCAGUUGUCGACCAUUCCGAAAACAUUUACUAUCAAGUGUUCAUCGACAAAUGAAAAUUACCGAGAUCUGGGGGUAAUCAAGGAUGUUUAUAUCAUUAAAGAUGUUGAAAUCCCCAACAACUGUACUGAUAGCAACAGCAAGAUGUGCUUCAGCCGUCGCCGAAUGUGCAAUGCCGUGAUGCAGAGGAACUGCUGCAAGACAUGCACACUGAUGAGCAACGCAGAGAGAGAACACUCCUUUUCCAGCGGAUCCGUUUACCUCAGCCUCUAUGGCGAAGCAUCGGCUGGUUAUGGCGGCAAGGUGACUAUGAACUGCUUUUCACGCAGUUAUUCUGAAAGACAAGAUUUUAAGUGGUACAAAGACGGCGAAGAAAUCAAAAGCUCUUACGGUUACCAUAUCAAAGACGAAAUUCUUCUGGACUUUGAUAAUUGGAAAGGAACGUCUGUGCUCUCCAUUUCCCAUGUAAAGGUGAAAGACAUAGGCUUGUACACCUGUCGCGCCACUCACAGUGAUAAUGCUACCGCAUUACUCAGAUUUGAUAAAAAUGGACAUAUUGAUUAUCAUAAAUACAUGUAAGGAUUAAGCCCAUGUGAACUGAUCGAAUCGGCGCUUUUAAUUCCCAAAUCCCAAACCCAAAGAAUUUCUUGCGGCUGCUUGGAGUUCUUGAUUUUUUUUUUUUUUUUUGAAUUUCUUGGAGUGUUUUUACGCCCGAAGAAAAGGGUUGGACCUCUGCGUUGUUGCCAGUUCGUCGGUCUUCCCACUGUUGCCAAAUCGGGCGAGAGAAUAUCGCCGCUGCUCUUUCUCUUAUCAAACAUCAAGUUCUUAGAUGUGCAAUUUUUAGGUAUGCAAUUUUUCUGUCACUCAUGUUGAUGAUGUACAAGAAUAAAUUAGUGACAAGAUGAAUAAUUAGUGUAGAAGUCAGAAGACAAAUAUAUGAAUAUGCUAUAAAACUAA